AUGGAGCGGUUGGUUCCAGGAACUCUGACGUCGAGUGCGGAUCCGACCUACCUGGCUGCAUUGAAAAGCACUGUCAACUAUAUCACGUCUACCGGUGGAUAUGCUGUUAUUGACCCUCACAAUUUUGGAAGAUAUUAUGACAAUAUCAUCACCUCGACUAGCGACUUUGCUGCAUUUUGGACGACGCUCGCAUCUGAAUUCGCGUCGAAUGACAAGGUCAUCUUCGACACAAACAAUGAGUUCAAUUCGGAAGAGCAAACCCUGGUGUUGGACCUAAAUCAAGCUGCUAUCAACGCUAUCCGAGCUGCAGGAGCCAAGUCGCAGUACAUUUUUGUGGAGGGGAACUCAUGGAGCGGUGCAUGGACAUGGCCAACGGUCAAUGACAAUAUGAAAGCCUUGACAGAUCCACAAGACUUGAUUAUCUAUGAGAUGCAUCAGUAUCUUGACUCUGACGGUUCCGGGACAUCAGAAACCUGUGUUAGCUCAACUAUCGGCCAAGAACGAGUUGUGGCUGCCACGCAGUGGCUUAAGGACAAUGGCAAGAAGGCCUUCUUAGGUGAAUUUGCUGGGGGUCCUAAUUCUGUCUGCAAAAGUGCCGUGACAGGUAUGCUUGAUUACUUGCAAGCGAACAGUGAUGUUUGGCUUGGCGCAUCUUGGUGGUCAGCUGGACCAUGGUGGGGAGACUACAUGUACAGCUUCGAGCCUCCUUCUGGCACAGGCUAUAUUUACUACAUAAGUCUCCUGAAAAAUUAUUUCCCCAGCUCGGGUGGCUCAGGCGGGACAACCACAGCAGUCACCGCCACCACUUCCACUACUACCACCAGCGCCACCACCACCACAACCACAACUGGACCAGGCACCACUGGUGCAGCUCACUAUGCACAAUGUGGUGGAUCUAGCUGGACCGGAGCAACCACCUGUGCCAGUCCGUACACCUGCCAGAAGCAGAAUGAUUACUACUCGCAGUGCCUAUAG